GGCAAAGUUAUAUAAGGCUGGCCAAUUCUCCCUGACCUUACCCGAUCAGUUUUUGGUUAUCUUUCCAUUCAAUCACUUAACUCAUUUACAUCACAUAUCUACACAACCAUGACUAUCGAGAAACAACCUGCCGUCUUCAACAUCCACGCCGCUCUUUUCGAUUGUGACGGUACUUUGGUUAACUCCACCGGUGCUAUCUCCGAGUUCUGGAGAGACUUCGGAAAGACCAGACCUCACGUGAACCCAGAGGAAAUCAUCAGAACUUCCCACGGAUGCAGAACCUUCGAUGUCAUUGCCAAAUGGUCUCCAGAAGACGCCGAUGUCGAACAAGUCACCGCUUGGGAAGGUGCUAUUCCAGACAGCUUUGGUGAACACGCCAAGCCAAUCCCAGGUGCCGUUGAGCUCGUCAAGUCUUUUGACGAAUUCUCCAAGAACGAGACCGAGAACGGUUUGCAAAGAUGGGCCAUUGUCACGUCUGGUACCUUGCCCUUGGCCACCAAGUGGUUGAAGUUGAUGAACAUCAGAAAGCCAGACACCUUCAUCACUGCAGAGAAGGUCACCAAGGGAAAGCCACACCCUAUGGGCUACCAAAACGCCAGAACCGCCUUGGGCUAUGGUCACGAGGCCAACAAGAUUGCCGUCUUCGAGGACGCUCCUGCUGGUAUCACUGCUGGUAAGGAUGCCGGUGCUAUGAUCAUUGGUAUUUGCUCCACCUACAACCCAGAGAAGGUCAGAGACGCUGGUGCCGACAUUGUUGUCGACGACUUGACUUCCUUCAAGAUCCUCGAGUACAACAAGGAAACUGACAUGUUCAAGGUGCAGGUCUCCGAGUACCACUACGCUAACGAGGAGUACUUGCAGAAGGUUUAA